CAUAAAUGAAACUAUUGCAGUAUAAAUGUUCUGAGCAGUUGUGGUUUGUGUCAUAUUGUAUAAGAACGUCAAGAUGUGGAGAUCUUUGGUGGUAUCCUGCUGUGUUCUGAUGUGUUGGGGAUCGGGAAUUCAAGCUGCGGUAAUACAGUGUACUCGUCCAAACGAACAUUAUGCGUGUGGCAGUGCGUGCCAAACGACCUGUGCCAACCUGGGCACCACGUGCCCCAUUGUCAACAUUAGGUGCAAUGACGCAUGUUACUGUAAUGACGGAUACGCCAGGAACGCCAAUGGGACCUGCAUACCUAUAGCGCAAUGUCCUAUAAACUCAAGAACCACAAUAAGUUCCCGAGCUGGAACACAAAAUUCUGUAACAACAACUCAGCGGCCUUUAAUACAGUGUACUCGUCCAAACGAGCACUACGAGUGUGGCAGUGCGUGCCAAACGACUUGUGCCAACCUGGGCACCACGUGCCCCAUUGUCAACAUUAGGUGCAAUGACGCAUGUUACUGUAAUGACGGAUACGCCAGAGACGCCAAUGGAACCUGCAUACCUAUAGCGCAAUGUCCUAUAAACUCGAGAACCACAACAGCUUCUCGAUCUGGAACACAAAAUUCGGUAACAACAACUCAGCGGCCUUUAAUACAGUGUACUCGUCCAAACGAACACUACGAGUGUGGCAGUGCGUGCCAAACGACUUGUGCCAACCUGGGCACCACGUGCCCCAUCGUCAACAUUAGGUGCAAUGACGCAUGUUACUGUAAUGACGGAUACGCCAGAAACGCCAAUGGGACCUGCAUACCUAUAGCGCAAUGUCCAUCAAACUCUCGGACAACUGCCCAGUCUAGUUUCCAAACCACUCAAUCACGUCCACAGAGAAACUCAGAAACUAACAAGCGUACUAAACAUUGUAAAAAAAGCAUUCGAAAACGUCGCGGAGAUAAGGAACCAGUACCCAUCUGUCACGGGCAGUACGAAGUCUACACGGACUGUUACAAGGACUGUCCACCAAACACCUGCCUGUCUCUGGUGGCGAGGUUCAAAUGUGAUGGGUCGGAGCCCUGCAAGCAAGGAUGCGUCUGCAAGCCAGGGUACCUGAGGCAGGAAGCCGGAACACCUUGUAUACCGAUACGAGAUUGCAAGGAGAUGCAAAAUGUUCUACAAUCCUAAUUUAACGUUAUACCAAAGAUGUAAUAAGUCAGCCAUGUAAUAAUAAAGGUUUUAUGUGUGUAUAUAAUGGUUAAAAUACUCUUAACAAGCACGGCUCCGGCAAGACGUUGUUUCAAAUUGUGGCUACCGCUAACUGUCAGCGUGCUUACCACUCAAGGGACCGCGCGCUGGCCACCCGCCUUCGCCUUUUUGUAUUGACGUUAUAAAAUAUACCAUACGAUAUACGAUUUAAAGUUCAAAUUUAAAUGAGAGGUAAUUGCUGGAGCCGUGCUCGCUAAGUGUGUUUUGGCCUGUUUUGACUUAAUAAAUGUAUAAUCUGUUAGGCAAUGCCACUUAUUUUUAAAGUAUUAAGUUUACCAUUGUAUACUUGUACAAGAAGUGUAACAUAAAUAAAUAAUCAAAAUAAAAAAGUUGUUCUUUA